AAAUAUGAGAAGCAUUGAUUCGAAGCAGAGACCUUCCUUCUUAAAUACUCCCACCUGCCUCCUAACCUUUUGCUAUAUCACAAUCACAAACCUGCCCAUUUAUUACACAAACAUUCUUCCAAUCCAAUAUUGACCACUUCUUUCAUGCAUUUUUACUAUCCUCUAGCCAUUUCCAGAUUGCAUGCCACCUCUUAAUUAACCCUUUUCUUUUCCACUUUUAACAAUUAAUUGUAGCAGAUAUCAUUCACCAAUUGCUCGUGAUACAUAUGGGGUCAAGUUUGUUCAAAUUUCUGUUUUUAGCAACGAUUUUAUGUUGUGCAAGUUGUGAGAAGGCGUCGGUGUUGGGAAACUUGAAGGUUCCGGCGUCGGAAUUUGUGGGGUCCGUGAGGUCCACCAUCGACAUAGUCCGCCAAGUGAUCUCCAUAGUUUUACAAUUCUCCGGUGCAUUCGGAGAUUUCCGGCUAAGCAAUGCCGUCUCCGACUGCCUUGAUCUCAUGGAUCUCUCUGUGGACCAGUUGAGUUGGACUCUCUCUGCUUCACAAAAUCCCAAUGUUCUUCCACAAUUCUCUCAUCCCCUCCCACUCCCCGCCAAACGACGUCGUCAGCGGCGGCGUGAAGUACGGCGGUGAAGCCGCCGGCGUCAGAAACGGCGUCUCCAAAAUAUGCAGCAAAUCGCCCAAAUUGAAGCCCCCAUCUUCCGAUUCCAAAUCCUCCCUAGUCUCCUCCGCGAUCGUGAACAGAAAUCGCGGGAAGCUCAUCGAUCAGAACAGGGCCCUUGUUGAGUCCCCUGACAUGGUACGAAGCCAGAUGAACUUCAAGAGACUUUCUCUCACCGAUAUUAAGAUUGACAUCAAAAGAGUUCCAAAGAAGAAAGCUCUUGUUGCUGCUAUGGAGGCUGCUGAUGUUAAGGAAAGUGGGAAAAGUGCUCAUGGGGAAGAAAGCUCAUUGUUCAGAAGAGAAGAGCCUCUCUCAAUGACUUUGACCGCUUCAAGCUGAUGAUUGCCAAAAUCGAGAACUCCAUAUUAGAGGCAGUAGCAAAGAAACUCAUGGAUCGUGGCUUGCCUAGUGAGAAUUGGGGAUCUAGGGAAGGUAGAGAUGGCAGACUCGAAGACCAACAAGUUCCAUCUUUUGAUGAAAUUGACCCACCGUGCAGCCCCGAUAUGAGUAAAGAGACGGAGGAAGAGGCAUUAUUAGACGAUGUAGAGGAGGUUGAUUCCAUUGAGGAAGUGAAGAAGGCUGUCGUUGCUCGAGUGACAUCCCAAGAUGUUGUUGGGAAUUGUUUGGGUGAAAAGGGAGAGUUGCGUGAUAGUGAUGUUGCAAGAAUAUUUCAGCCACCGACAUUGCUUGCCAUCGAUGCACGGAUGGUCCUGCCGCGAAAUUACACGGCGUGUUUGGGAGUUCGUGGACGUGUUAACAAGCUUCACGUUUUAGCGCUGAAUUUUGACGACUGUUUUGAUCCUACCUUGAUGAUUUUUUAUGGAGAAGGUGAAGUGACACGUCCAACUAUUCGGUAUGCGUUUGAUCCAGGAGGAGACGCCUCGCCAAGCUUGUGCUUUCAACUCUCGUCUUUGGUUCGUGGUUCCCACCUUGAGGACAAGGUGGAUUUUAACCGUGGGGGAGUUGAUACGAGUA